AUAAUAAAGAUAUACGCCGCGAAGAAUUUUAUGACCAUAUUCGCGUUGCGUCAGCAAGUGCAAUGUUCAUCUAUUUUUGGUUAUUUCACAGCGGCGUGUAUUAUUUCAACAAUCAGUGAUCUUUUAAUUUGGAAAAUGGCUGAAUCGGAACAAAGAAAUAAAGAGAACUGUAUCGUAGGAUCGAAGGAAACAAUGGUGAAGCAAGAAAAGCGUGAGAACACGUUGACGAAUGGCGGGAAGGGGUCUGGCGAUGACGCGGAUAGUCUCGAAGAAUUGCCUCUUGAUAUAGGUGAACACUACCUGGUUCGAAGAUCCGACGACUCCUGGCAUCCAGCAGAAAUUAUACAAACCAGAUAUAAUGAGAGUGAAAGUCAUUAUGAAUAUUAUGUACAUUAUGAAGGACACAAUAGGAGAUUGGAUGAAUGGGUGCCCAGAGACAGAAUUAUGUCCAGCAGGUUUGACAUGAGUGAUAGAACUUGGAAAAGUGGAGAUAGAAACUCUGGUACUGACUUGCUAGCAGAUUCUUCAGAUCGUAAAAUUACAAGAAAUCAGAAAAGGAGACAUGAUGAAAUUAAUCAUAUUCAAAAGACAUAUGCUGAAAUGGAUCCUACAACUGCCGCUUUAGAAAAGGAACACGAAGCAAUAACAAAAGUCAAAUACAUUGACAAAAUUCAAAUCGGAAAAUAUGAAAUUGAUACAUGGUACUUUAGUCCAUAUCCAGAAGAGUAUGGAAAGCAACCAAAGCUAUGGAUUUGUGAAUACUGCCUUAAAUACAUGCGCCUUGAAAAGACUUAUAGAUACCAUAUGAGUGAAUGUACACACAGACAACCAGUUGGCAAAGAAAUAUAUCGUAAAGGUACAUUAAGCAUUUGGGAAGUGGAUGGUAGAGAGCAUAAAAUUUAUUGUCAAAAUUUAUGUUUGCUCGCAAAACUUUUUUUGGAUCACAAAACCCUUUACUUUGAUGUAGAACCAUUUCUUUUUUAUAUCCUGUGUGAAGUUGACAAACAUGGAGCUCAUUUAGUUGGUUAUUUUUCAAAGGAAAAAGAAUCACCCGAUGGUAAUAAUGUUGCUUGCAUUUUAACUUUACCGCCUUUUCAAAGGCAAGGAUAUGGAAAACUUUUAAUUGCUUUUAGCUACGAAUUAAGCAGAAUAGAACAAACAGUUGGUAGUCCCGAAAAGCCAUUGAGUGACCUAGGAAAAUUAUCAUACAGGAGUUACUGGAGCUGGAUUCUUUUGGAAAUUCUGCGGGAUUUCCGGGGUACUCUUAGUAUUAAAGAUCUGAGUCAGAUGACAAGUAUAUCGCAGACGGAUAUAAUAUCGACAUUGCAAAGUAUGAACAUGGUCAAAUAUUGGAAGGGACAACAUGUAAUCUGCGUAACACCUAAAUUAGUCGAGGAACAUAUUAAAAGCAGCCAGUACAAGAGACCUCGUUUAACAGUCGACAGCAGUGCACUUCGAUGGGGAGCUCCACCACGAAAGAACGUGAAACCUGGCAAGAAAUAGUAGAAAGAAAAUGGGAAUUCGACGGCUUUCAUCACCGUGAGAUUCACGAUUUAAUGUGUUUAGCAAACACUUGACAAAACAGUUGUAUGCAACAGAUAGUUCGCAAACGAUGUUUCCAAGUUUGUUAAACAACUUUUAUAUGAUGCAUUACAGUCUCCACUAAUAUGCAUUGUACACGUGCAGGGUUUUUUGAUCGGAAGAUAACGCGAAUGAACACGCUUUGUAGAGCUUCGCUGAUUCUUCAGAGCGUAGAAAUGUUGAUAGGUGGUUUAAGAUAAUGUUCUUUAUAUAGUUUUCUGCUUAGCAGUACACUAUGAAAAGAGAAAUGAAGAUAAUAUACUGAUACUGACUCAAAAUGCCAUGUAUUGAUAAUGAAAAGAUUACUUUAUUUUUGUUCGAGAUUUAUCAGUUUUACAAUUCGAAAAUUAACAUUGACGAUACCACGCAGUAUUAGCUUGUAUUAAUGAUUUUUUAUGUAUAUUCAUUAAUAAUAAACUAUGUAUUCGUGAGCAA